UUUUGGGAUAAAUCAUGGAAUAGAGCUUCACUCAGAUGUGGUAGAAUAUGCCAAGGAAAAAUUGGAGAGCUUCAUAAAAUACAGUGAUAGCUUUGAUAAAUUUGAGUUCUGUGAACCUGCCUUUGUGGUUGGUAAUUGUUUGGAAAUAGCCUCAGACAGUCAUCAAUAUGACCGGAUUUACUGUGGAGCUGGAGUCCAGAAAGACCAUGAAAACUACAUGAAAAUUUUAUUGAAAGUUGGAGGCAUUUUAGUAAUGCCUAUAGAAGAUCAGCUAACACAAAUCUUGAGAACAGGGCAGAACACGUGGGAAAGUAAAAAUAUCCUUGCUGUUUCAUUUGCUCCACUAGUGCAACCAAACAGAAAUGACAACGGCAAACAUGACACUGUGGGGCUCCCUCCAUGUGCUGUUAGGAAUCUCCAGGACCUAGCUCGAAUAUAUAUCAGACGCACCCUUAGAAACUUCAUAAAUGAGGAGAUGAAAGCCAAGGGUAUCGCUCAGAAGGCUCCUCCAAAACGAAAACGCAGGAGAUGUCGUAGACGCAGGAUUAACACCUAUGUGUUUGUUGGUAAUCAGCUCAUUCCUCAGCCUCUGGAUAGUGAAGAAGAUGAAAGAAUGGAAGAUGAUAACAAAGAGGAGGAGGAUAAAGAUCACAGUGAGGCCUUGAAGCCAGAAGAGCCUCCACGAAAUCUCUUGAGAGAGAAAAUUAUGAGUCUACCAUUACCAGAAUCUUUAAAAGCAUACUUGACCUAUUACAGAGAGAAAUAACUUGUUUUAAGUAGAAAUAAUGCCUACUGAUAGUUCCUUUAUUCUUGAAAAUGUAGCAUUUAUUAAGUAGGUGGACAAAUUAUUAUUAGUCUUUCAUCAAGACUGAAGUACAGCGAUAAAUCAUAACUUGUCUUUAUCUUGUCUUUGCUACAAGGAAGACUUGCAUUCAACAGUAGAAUCCCUUUUUAAAAAUCUAUUUUUCUUUAAAUUUUGAAAAUGCUGUUUUAACUCUGAUAGAAAUAUAUAUUCCAUUAUGCAGCACUAAUUAAUAUUUUGCAUGGUAAGUCUUUUUUGAUCCCUAACAGAUUUGUAUUGAUAAAAGGAUGAGUGAAAUUUUAUAUAUGCUAAAUAAUUGUUAAACAUGUGAAUCUGACUUGAUGAGCAAUUUGUCUGUAUUUAUUAUUAUUAGGGGAACAUUUUAAACAUGCAGACGCUUAACCUCUAAUGUCAGAAUCGGACACCCUUUUAAAAUUUAUUUUACUAUGGCUUUGUUGCAAUCAUUAUUACUAUGUUGGUAAAGACGUAUUCCAACAACACAAGUGCAAUAAAUGUAUACAGACACUGAAUGAGCUGGCUUUAAUGAAAUAUGAAAAUACAAGUUCUAAAAUGUCAGAUGACCCUGCUACUUCUGUGUUUAUAUCUUUUGCCAAAAGAUCUGGAGAAAAGUAACAGCUUCUCUCAGAGCCUUAAAGAAGCAUCAUAUUGAAUAAGAAGCAAAGCAAUGCUUACUUCAGCUCUGCUUACGUUUAGCUCCAUUCUACACUUUCAGUAUUUCUCACUAGAGGCACUUCCUCAUUUGUGGGAAGUUUAGGACAGUACAUUUUGUUUAUUUCUACAGCUCACAGCAUUGAGUCAAAAUGUUUGGUAAUACAAGAUUGUAAUUUAGAUUUCAGUCAUCUAUAUUUACUGCUUCUAGGUAGAGGUAGAAUUUCAACAAAGUUUAGUUUGUAUUGCUUAUUGGGAUAGCUAUAAUAGUAGAAGUUAGAAUUUGUUCAGCAAAUGCACUUUAGUAAGUGAAUUUUAUACUUAACAUGCAUCUCCAAGAAGGUAGACUUGUGCUAGCCUAUAUUUUGUUUCUGAGCAUGGCUCUUAGCACAAAAAUAUUUAUAAAAGUAUAUGCAUCUUUUGGAAACCUAAGAGUAGCAGUGCAAGUGUGGGGACCCACAAUCGUGCUGAUUUAAAUCCUAUGAUUUUUCCUCUUCUAGUUGUGAAGUUACUUGCCCGUCUCAUUUUUAACUUUAUUUACUUUUACCAUCUUAAUUUCUUCAUUCUGUUGUAACAUAACCAUGAGGGGAAACACUGUUCAUUAAGAACUUGGCAUGAUAUGCAUUAAAAGCCACAAUCAUUGGAAACAGAUGCCUGUUGGACCCAGUGAAAAACAUUCCUAUUGAAAUAUCCUGCAUGAUACAUUUUAUAAUACUGGUAACAUCUUUUUGUGUAAUAACAAUAAAACAAUUGCAUCUUUCUAAAAUGGUAAGUGUUCCUAGUCCAAGUGUUUAUAACCAGCCAAUAUUCAUGUGGUCUAACAGUCCAAUAUUGACUUAAAAAAUAUAUAAGCAUUUUGUUGCAUCUGAGAAGGAAGAUAAUCCCAUGAUGCUGACUCUUUAUGAUGCAUUUCAUGCUGUAGUCCCUGUUUUUUAAGGUACACCCCAUAAUGUUUAAGUAGAACUUCAUGAAGGCCUGUUGUACCAGCAUGUGGAGUUACUUUCCGCAAUAUAUUUACGGUAUAAGUAAACAAAACUAUUUGAAAUAAAUAUUCUGACUUUAUUUUAAAAGCAAGAAAAACUAAUAAGAAAUAGUUUUCAAAAAUAAUGAUACUAAUAAAGUAAUUGUGAUGCUUCAGCUAUAAGAAUUGAACAUAAUCUUGUUUUAAAUGGAUUAUUUUAGAUGGAGUUUAAAUAAUCUGAAGUUUGAGAUGUUUGUCUCUCCUUUUCUUGGAAUCUACAUCCAUAAUCUCAAGAGUGUGGGAUAUAUUACUUAAAUACUUAAAGGACUUUAUACAGGAUGCUUUUUGGAGAAUAAAUUUCUUCAUUAUUUCACAACUGUAUACUUGGAAAAGUGGACAGCGGAUGACUUGUCAUGAUUCUUCAGUAUGUAAGGCUUUUUUGGAGUCACUGAAAGAGAAUGUUCCUUCUGUGUUUUCUAUGUGGAUUUAUUUUACACUCUUGAAUUUGUAUUUACAUAAAUAAAAAGGUAAAAAUGCAAAAUGAAUUAGAACUUAAUUUUUGCCAUCUCAGUUGAUGAUGGGGACGUUGUUGCAAUAAAAUGUUUUGGGUUUUUUUUUGUGGUUUCU